GGGGGAGUAUGGGUAGAGUGCAAGAUCGUGGUAAGGGUAGGGGUCAAGGAUGUGGAAUUGGAGAUCUGGGUAAAAAAAAUUGAUGAACAUGUUUUUAGAUAUGAAAAUGGAAAACUAAAAAAUAGAAACAGAAAAUUGGAGAUAGAAAAACUGAAAAAUAAAAACAGAAAAUUGGAGAAUGAAAAACAGAAGUAGAAAACAGGAAAAUAUCUCUAUUACUAAACAGGCCCUACUUGUUUUGUGAAAAAUUGGCUAGUAAGUCUUAUAAUCCGAAAUAUAUUGUCACCAAACGAGUUCUUAAUGUGUCAACUAUCAAACCAACUCUUUAAUUUUAUUUAAAAUGGACUCAGACUUUAAAAGUAUUCAAAGUCAAAACCUGUUGAAAUUAAAAGGAAAAAAUUGCACUUAUCUUUCUCGAGUCUCUACCUAUGUUGCUAUGUAUUGUUAAAAAAAAAAGAGAUCCACUAUCUUUUUUUGUGGAAAAUAAAGAUUUUAUUGAUAAAAAUAAAGGAUACAAUCUGACAAAAACAAAAUAGAAAGAAAGAAAAAGAUACUCCCUCCGUCCCGUUAUGAUUGUCCCAUUUUAUCUUUUCGGUCGUCUCACUAAAAUUGUCUCAUAUCUUAUUUGGUAAAGUUUGUGUGGUUUUAAAUCAUUCAUACUUGAGAAAACUAUCAAAUAAGCCCUCUUACUUUUCAAAAAAAUCAAUUAGACACCCCAACUAAAAUAAGACUCAAUCAAACCCUUGAACUAAUUUAAAAAUGGCAAAUCCUCUUUUUAGCAGGUAUUUUCAAAACUUCCGGUCAAAAUUCCAUGCUUGGCUGAUAUGGCAUUUUUCAUUCCAUUUCAUUUCAUUUCUUUUCUUUUAUUUCUUUUCUUUUCUUCUUCCCUGCGCUCAACUCUGUUCGUCUUCCCUGCCCUCAACCACCUGCAACUUUUCUCUUUUCUUUCUUUCCCCAUUUGCUUCUUUCCCUAGUUCUCAGCUCGUAGAUUCCUGGCCUCACUUCACCAUCCUCAAUCCUCACCUUCCUCCACCUACCCCUCUUCUCCGUCGCAGACCAAGGUCUUCAAUUCGGCGAAAUUGAAGCUGCGGAUCUGGAAAUGGUUUGGAGGUCUUGUGGAGUACUGUACGGCCGUACCUUCGUCGAGUUGUGUUCCUGACCCAGAAGCUUCAAUGGAGAACUUUCCCCAACUUCCACCCCAAGAACUCGUCGAAGUUUGAUGACCAGCCUGCGAGAAGGAGGUGUCCGGCGUGAUAUGUGUACUCGAGCAGUUCCGUCGACCAUGGUUUCUCUUGGGCUCUGAGCAGUGGAACACCGACCGACAAACAUUGGGUGAGAAAUGAUGGAAGAAGGGUGAAGACUGUGAACUGCUGUAAAUUGCAGGAACGGCUUGGUGGAAGCUGAGUAAGGAAGGACAAUGUGUGGGGUCAAGGAAAAAAGAAAAUAAAAGGUAAGAAAAAAUGGAUAAAGCCACGUGGAUGGCAAAUGUGUAUAUAGUAACCGGUUACUUGUUCAUCACCGGCUAAAAAGAUGAUUUGCAAGUUUUAAUUGAGUUGGAGGGUUUGUUUGGACGAUCUUUCAGUUGGAGGGCCUAAUUGAUUUUUUUGAAACAUCGGGGGGCUUAAUUGAUAGUUUUCCCUUCAUACUUUAUUCUUACUUUAUCAAUUCAAUAUCAACCACAUAUACCCACUUUUAUUAAUAACCGUGUCACCUUCUCUUGUCCCGAACUUAGGGGGACGGAGGUAGUACAAAAGAAAUUAAAGGGAAAUAAAAGAAAGGUUAAAAGGUCAAAUAGGCCCUUGAACUGACUUAAAGUGUUCAAUUAGCCCCUUAUCUAAGAAGUUCUGCCUGGCCGUUGCUAAUUGGGGCGGUUCCCAGUGGAAUUUUUUGAUGAAUUUUUUUGAGCAUCUUCUUCAUUAAUUCUAGUUUACUUAUACCAAAUUUCAGCUAAAAAUUUAACCUGAAAGGCAGUCAAAUGAUUUUCCGAAAUGUACUGCGCUGUUUAACUUUGCAGUUAUCUUCAAAAAAUCAUUUGACUGCCUUCCCGAUUGAAUUUUUAGCUAAAAUUUGGUAUGAGCAAACUAGACUUAAUAAAGAAGAUACUCAAAAACAUUCAUAAAAAAAUUGCACCGGGAACUGCCCCAAUUGGCGACGGCCGGGCAGAACCUUCUAUAUAAGGGGCUAAUUGAACACUUUAAGUCAGUUCAAGGGUCUAUUUGACCCUUUAGCCUAAAAGAAAACAAGUAUCUAGGCCCAUGGAAAUUGUUUGGUCUGAGAUCGAGUUCUCAUUCUAUAACGCCUUUUAUUCUUCUGGGAUUUCUUGUAAAUUUUGAACUGAGUGUUCAAAUUAUCAGUUGGAAGGCAUUUAUCCAAAUUAAAGUAAUGAACUGUAAUUUACUGCAAAUUGCUUUGUUGAAUUUGGAAUCCCAUAUUUCUUGUUUUGAAAUAGGUAAUCGACGGUCGCAUUGCGUUGUGUGUCCCAGAAAGUCGUCUGAAAAGUAUGAGUCGUCCGUCAAAAGUGUGUAUGAGGCAUCUGGUACAAGGGAUUGUUUCUCGGAAGAAAUGAGAUGUUGUUUGUCAUCAUGAGAUCAGACCCACUAUCUUACUACUGUUAUUAUUAUGUGAUGUGAUACGUAUAUAGUGCAUACCUGUUAUUAUUACCAGUACUCCGUAUUAAAUUUGUGCUCCAUAAUUCGUUACAAAAACUUUAAUACUGAUGCCUUCUUUGCUACUGAUACUCCCUGUAAUCUCCCAAGUGUCUCUUGUUUCUGUAUUAAAACUCUAAAUGUUGG